GCCAUCUGUUGGAAGAUAUACGUGGCCAAUGGACACGGCCAUAACGGUGGCGAACUGUCGUCAUUAAAACAAAUACAAUCAGAAUUAUCCUAAGAAAUUUCGUAUCAUCGAGACAUGGAAUUUCUCAGUAUGAAGAGAUCAUACACCUUAUAUAUAAGUAUACUUAUGCUGCUUCGAUUGGUCGGAUGCGAUGAGCACGAUCAUACAGUAAGUUUAUAAAGUAGACGGUUACUAAGGAGAUAUCGAGAUUGAGGCUAAACUCAGAUUUUUAACCAUAACACUCUGUUAAUAACAGUAUAUGCAUUAUUAAUGUAAGGAGAACUCAGUUAAAGAAAUCCCAUACAGAAUAUUGUUAAAAUGGAAAACUAAAACAUAGCUUAGACAUAGAUGUACCUAAUUAGUAAAUAUAUAACUAUUGACUGAAAGUGGUGCUUUGUUGACUUUGACUUUCACUUGAAUCUUACUCUUGAUUGAUAAUCAUAAUAUUAUCAUUUUAUUAGUGAGUCCAGGAGUGAAAAAAAAAAAAAAAAAAAAAAAAAAUAAAAAAAAAAAAAAAAAAGGUAGGGGCCCCCCCCCCCCCCCCGCGCUAGUCAUAAAUGAGAAGACCGGUACAAGUAAAGUAUGAGUAGUAAAAAAGUUGGGUCUUCUUAUCAAUGCCUGGACCCUGGAGAUAAGGAAUGAAAAGAACAGUCUUGAAUAAAUAGUCUAUUGUAUAAGUUAUAAGUAUUCUUUAUAGGCCUAACUAAUGGGCUAAUAUUACUACUUAAAUUAAAUAAAUACAAUUAUUAUUUAUUAUUUUAGAGGAGGGCAGUACUUUACAUUAUCAAUCAUUAGGCCUACUUAAAUAUUUCGAUUACUUACAACUUAAAAGUCCAUUACUUUUACAAUGCAAGUCUAAAAUUUGAUAUAAAUUUGUAGGGAAAUGCAUGAGGCUUCUAUAAAAUUGUUUCUAAGCAUAUAAUUUCAACCCUUGUUGUGAGAAAUAUGAUGCAUGCUUUUUUAAUGAAAAUGAAAAUCAUAUUAUAAUAUGGUAUAAAUUGUUUUUGUGAUCAGAUCUUUAGAUGAAAAGAAGAGAAGAAAAAAAAUUAACUAGCCGUAUUUUUUUCAUAAAUUAACUAGCCAUAUUUUUUUUCAUAAAAUCGGUUUAUUCAGAAUGGUUCAACCAAAUCCAGUUUGAAAAAUGUCUUGAAUAUGUCAUUUGACAUUUGGGUGAAUAAUCUGUAUCCCUUUGUUGACAUUUCUGUUUGGUAGAAAGUUAACAAUGGGACCUGGUGGGCCAUCAUCUCGAACAUAUGAGUUUAACCUGUGAAUGUAAUAUGUAAAAAAUAACUUUUAUCUGAUAAUAGUUAUUUUUUACAUCUAUGCUACUUUGAUCCAAUAUAAAGCGGCAAGGAAGACUCCUUCAAAAUUUGUAUCAGAAAUGGGAGUCAGUGAAGGAGAAUCUGACUUUUUAAUUUUUGGACGUUGGUGCUUUUACUUUUACAUUAAUGAAAGGACUAUUUUGUCAGAAAAUUGUGGUAUUCUUCAAUAUGUUCACAAUUGGGGACAUCUUGACCUACAAGUCCAAAUGUUACCAAAAUGGAGUUAACUUCUCAUUUGAUAUAAUAUAUGCCCGCCUUUAAACAAUAGGCCUACAGACAGUCAUGCCCCCUACCUGCUGGCCUUUAAACAAUAUUUCUACAGACAUUCCUACACCAUACCCAUAGCUCUUUAUUGAUUACUAAAAUAUCCCCCCCCCCCCCCCCCCCCCCCUUUAAAGAAAAAAAAGUCACCCUCUUUAUCUAAGUUCAACCAUCACAGUAUGACACUCUCUGCUUGACAGCUUUUUGCCCCCACUAAUUUCUAUUAAUAUAAGUUAUAUCUCACAAAACACAUUGGGUAGGCAUUGUCUCAUAUAUGUGAACCUUCUUACUCGCAAAGAAUAAAAACACUAUUUACCUUGGACAGUUUCUUUGAUAUUAUCUGACCUCUCCACUAUGUUAUUUCAACUACCAGCAUAUAUACUUCGGGUAUGUAUUGUGGUCAGUUAUUCAAGAUGUUAGCACCUGUUUUAUUUUCUUCAUUUGAAGAUCUUUUAAAAUCGUCUAUAGGUUUAGGUACCAUAUUUCUUACUUAAAAUUCCUCGUUACUUUCCCAGUACCAUUCCACAAUUGGACGAAAAUCUCACUGCAACUCAUGCAUUUAUUUUUGGUUUAAUCCUUAUCUCACCCCCAAAUCCCGCUAGGUUCUAGUUUAAGGAGUUCAGCACAUACCUUUGGUAAUUAAGUUAAUAAAUUUUUUUGGGCAAGUUCUUAUUUCAAAUUAAGUAAAUAUCUUUGAAAACUACUGGCCAAAAUUUUUUUGAGUCCUGACCAUAUUUUUUUAAGAAAGGAGACCUGCAGCCCUGGAUACAUUUAAAACAAGGUCUUUCUUAUAGAGCAGUGGUUCUUAACCUUGUUGGAGGUACUGAACCCCACCAGUUUCAUAUGCACAUUCACCGAGCCCUUCUUAAUAAGAAAAAUAAAAUAUGAUUUAUUUCUGUUUUUUUUUUUUUUUGACCUCCGCCGAACCCUUGAGACUGACUCACCCAACCCCUGGGGUUCGAUCGAACCCAGGUUAAGAACCACUGUUAUAAUAGGGUAAAAGAAAACUCAUUGCAAGUAGAUUUUUCAGUAUAAUACAAUAUAAUUUUAACGUAUUACGUAUAAUUUUACUUAUUCAAUUUGAUGACUGACUAGCUUCAAAAUUCACUGCUGAGUUUUCAUCAUUUCCAACCUGUUUGGAUGGUGAGAUUUUUUUAAUUGGUGCAUAAAUGGAUAUUCACAUUUAUUAUCGAUCAAAGAUAAAAAUAAUUUGUAAAUAAUUUUAAAUAAUCAUGUUUUUACAGUACAAAGAAGGUGAGGAAGUUGUACUUUGGAUGAACACUGUUGGCCCUUAUCAUAACAGACAAGAAACAUACAGCUACUUUUCAUUGCCAUUUUGCAGAGGGCAAAAGGCUAGUAUUAGUCAUUAUCAUGAAACUCUUGGUGAAGCAUUACUAGGCGUUGAGCUUGAUUUCAGUGGAAUAGAUAUUGAUUUUAAAGGUGAGAUAUCAAAUUUAAGUUAAUUCGAAUAUUUCUUAUUUUAUGUGAUAUGUACAGUGUAAUCAAACCUAUUGAUGGCGAUCAAGAUAAUUAAGAUUUUGAAAAUCCGGACAUUCAGGAUUUUCUUAGGGGAGUCGAUAUCCAGGUCAGUAUUUGGAUUUUUGAGAUGAAAUGUUGAUUGUGAUUUUUAAUAGCGAAGACAUAGUUUUGAAAUCUAGAAAAAAUGAACACAUUCAACGGGCUUGUGAACUUAUUGCACCCACUCUUCAACUUAUUGUUUACCUGCCCCUUUUGAAACUUAUUUUUUAGAAUAGAUGAAAAGAAGUAAGCUGAAAUGUUAAAUGAAAAUUACAAAUCAAUGAUACUAUUAAGUAGCUACUUACAGUAGUAAAGGAUUUGUAUACACACAACUAGGUAACAUGAACCUCAUUUUCCACAUGCAUUAAGUGCAGAAUGAUGCAAAACUAAAUUCAGGUCCACGCUAAAGAGCUUGGAUGACAUGCAAUGCAAAUAGUUAUUGCAUACAUCAUACUGAAUUUUAUUUAUUAACUAUUACCAUACAGUAUUGUAUGAUUUUUAGAAAGCUAAGUGCUAUUUUGAAAUGAGAUUCUAUUAUUUUGGGCAUUCCAGGAUAACCAGAUUUGGAGACUCAAUAACUUUUUCAAGGCGAACAAUAUUGAUUUCACUACUUGAAUUGAAAUACAGGAAUCUAUUUUAUUACAGCAUGUGAAGUCUUGAGGAGUAGCCUUGACUUGAGCUGUAUUUUGUUUGAUUUCAGAGUUUGCAUUCUUUUAAAUGAGUUGCCAUCAUAGGUUAACAAGUCCUAUCCAUCCACCUUUUUACAAAAUUACUUUUGAUUUGUGUUAAAAAAACUUUGAAAAAAUCUGACUUUAAACAAGUUAUUUUCAUUUAAAUGUUGGGAUUCAACCAUUUUGGAAGGAUGUAAACAUGUUUAAAAUGAGGUCGCUGGCAAGGGGAGAUAAAUCAUACAUUUUUCUUGUUGCUAUGCUAUACAGAUGGCUAUCUGUGGAUAUAGAGGUUGAAAUUGGUUGUGGCCUAUUAUCGUCAUCUUGUGGAUAUAAAGUGUUAAGAGUUAAAUUUAGUACAUAGUUAGUUCCUAAUGAUAGAGACUUCGUAUUUAGUAAGAGUAAGAUGAUGAUGUUACUUUUACGUGUCUGGUUGGUUAUGUAUAAGUGUUUAAUUCAAACUAAUUUAUUUUAAUUACAAAACUUUUUGAUUUUCUAGCAUUUAAUCUUCUACAUUAUGCAGGAAGUGUUCAUUACCAAAUACCAAAAGAUUAAAUAAUUUUUAAAAAUUCGAAUUAAAUAUGGAUAUCUGGAUUAUUAGUUUCAAUAAUCAGAAAAUCCUGAUUUCCCCAAGAAAUCCCUAAUCUACACACAUAUAUAUUUCUUUGGAUCGCUCAAAGAAUCUUAUGACACUUUUGUUUGUCUUAAUAUGGUUCCGCCAUUAGUAGAAGUUGGAAAGUGCAAUUAAACUAAGGCACCAUUUUGUGCUUGAAAAUUACGAGUUUAUAUUUGGCUAAAAAAUCUAAAAGAUCACCCAAUUAAAUCAUUUUGUAUCUAAGGAAGUUAAGUUUUAUGGUAUAUGAUGGCUGAUCUUAACCAAAAGAAACACUUUGUUUGUCUUGUGUAAAUUGUUCUUGUUAUAAAAUGGCUUGGUUAGAAUAUUUACUUUUCAUGUGGUGAAACUGAAUAUGUGCAAUAUAAUCAAAAAAACAUUUCUAUUUAUUUGGAUGAAUAAUGUUUUUUAAGUAAUGAGAAAGUUUUUUUCAAAAUAUCCUGAAAAUUGAAAUGUACAAUGUAAUCAUGACGAAUUACAUUUCUAAUGUGCAUCUUUAUUGAAACAAAAAUGAGAUUUAAUAGCACAAAGCUGAUAUAUCGACAUACAGUCCAAACAAUACAACAAAAGACUAUAAAGCUACAUAAAAUAGGUAAAGUGGUGUUUCCCAACCUUUUCUGUAAUCCGCACCACCUAUGAAUUGUUUGAUAAAGACUACAACCUCACAACGAAAAUAACAAUGAAUUUUAGAACUGUAAAAAAAAUAAAGGGACUAUUUUUUUGAUUGCAUUACAAAGGAACUGCAGAACUUAGAAAAUAAACUUGGGACUGUGUGACAUAUCCAUUUUCAUACCAUGAAGUAGCUGGAAACACAAGGAUUUUCAAUCCUAGAUUCUUUUACUCUGCCUGAAAUUCUAACAAUCCUUCAUGUCCACCAAAGAGCCAUUAACAACUUCUGUUUUGAAUUUUUUGUACAUAGGUGAUUUUAGUCACACUGAGUACUGCUCAAUAGAGCUGUCGGAGGAAAAUUUUCAGGCGUUUAUCUAUGCAGUCGAGAAUCAUUACUGGUAUCAAAUGUAUAUUGAUGAUUUACCAAUAUGGGGUAAGUAGAUUUUAAAAUCCUUUGAAAUGAUUAAGAUUGAUGAGAAAAAUCCAACCAGCUCAAUUUUUUUAGGGCCAUCUUGAACUUUUUUUAAAUCGUAGGGUUGCACCAAUAGCAUAUCUGCAAAUUAAUAAUUAACCGUCAGCACCAGUGCAGAUUGAUAGGUCGCUAAUUGUUUAUUAAGUAUUUAUUUAUUUUGCUUUGAAGUAACUUUUGUAGUUAAAAAUUGUAAGUGCUUUAUGGAAACUAAUUACUAAUUAAUUGCAAUGAUCGAGCACCAUGGGUCAUUUGUUGUUAUUACAAUAAAAUUUGGAUCAUUUGUUUAUAUUACAAUAACAUUUGACUCAUUUGUUAUUACAAUAACAUUUAGGUCAUUUGUUGUUAUUACAAUAACAUUAUGAAUAAACAGAAGCAUUAAUCAUGUACCAAGACAGAAACAUGAGCCUUUAAUUGCUACCAUGGAAAGUGGGUUUGUUAAGUUGCCUAGUCACAUGGCUUAGAAGGAUGCAAUAGUUUAGUGGCCAAGCAGCUCCUAAAGAAAAGGUGGUCUUACAUGUGUUUAUCAAUAGACAUAAUCAAAUUAUUUAUUAUUUGUAUCAGAAUUAUAAGAGAAAUUAAAAGGGUAAAAGGGUAAAAGGGUGAAAUUUAAAUGAAUAGAAAACAUCUUUUCACUUUUAAAAAUGGCGCCAUUAGAGCUAAAAAUAGUACAUAGCAGCUGCCACUGUCCUACCAUUGAAAUGCUGGUACAUGUAUUUCUAAUAUCUUAUUUACCAUUAAUGAGGCAAUUAUUUUUUUUUUUAAAUGAGAAAUUAUAAAGGACCAUCUUUUUUUGGAAUUCACAAUGAAUUUUUGUUUUUAUAAAUUUCAAACUCUUGUAUUGAUUUCAUGAUUUGCAUGCUCAAGUAUAUCAUUUUAUUUCAUUGGGUAAGUUGCAAUUUAUAUGCAAACCAGUGAUGCUUCACACCAACUAUUCAUUUAAAUAUGCAGUCAUUUUUAUCGAAAUAAUGGCAGGCCAUAUGUAACUAAAACAUUUUAAAAAAGUUUAAUGAAUAAUGAAUUCAAAAUGUGUCUGAAUCAAAAAAGUCCGCCAACUUGGGAUUAACUCAGCACCCACUGAGUACUUAGUAACAUCUAGCUAUGCAUUACAUAUUUUUAACAUUAUUUUUUACAUUAUGUUUUUACAUCAGCAUUCAGUUUUUAAAAAAAUACAGCAGCAGCGUCAUUUUGAAAUACAAUCUAAUUUUAAAAAAAUAAAUUUGUUUGAGAAAAAAAAUAAUCCUGUUUAAAAGUCUUGCAUCAUAUCACUUCAUUGGUCCCAGUAGGUUAUCAAGUAUGUUUCUUGGCUCUCCCAACUAGUUGCGUUAAUUAAUUAUUUAAUAAAAAAAUGUUUACAGGUAUUGUUGGCGAAGUGGAUGAAGGGGGUGAUGGUCAUUACAUAUGGACUCACAAGAAAUUUGAUAUUGGCUACAAUGGACCCUAUAUAGUUGAUGUAAAUCUUACCUCAGAAGCCAAAGUGAAGUUGAAGCCGGGGAUUAAAAUUCCAUUUACCUAUGAGGUUUGUAAAUAUCUUUUAAAAGAAUUAGAUGUUGUUUUUUUAUCAUAUGAAAACUAGAGAUAAAUUUCAAACUUAAAAAAUGAGAACUGCCUAAUUACCACCAUAGUGCAUAAGUAUAUUUUUGAAUUUUAAAAAAAUUAAAACGACAGAAAAAAUUUCCUAGGAAAAACAUUCGCAACUUAACAUUUUGAAUUUGGUUUAGUCUUCACUCUAAAACAAUGAAUGUGAAAAUGUUGUUCUCAAUUUUGCCUCAUUCUUACAUGUGUUUUUCACAAAUUGUACUUAACUGUAAUGGAAAUUGCCCUGUCUAGCAAGUUUAUUAUUUCAAAAAAAUGUUUUUAUUAACUUAGUGAUAUCGCUAAGUAUUUUUAAAAUCACAAAAUUCCAAGAAGUUAUGAGUAAAUGAAGCAGGCACUCAGUUAAAUAGACCUGUGAUGGGCAAUACAUUAGCCAAUGGCCUUUAGACAAGUGUGGCGAUCUGAAUCUUUCAUUUUUACUUUUAAAAUAUUUUUUUACUUCCACCACAAUCAGGGUUGGUAUCUUACGGUUCAUUCAUCUUGUGUCUAAUUUAUGAUUUUUUUGUUGUUAAUUUGAGAAUUUUGAACAAGUUUGAACAAUCAAUAAAACAGACAAAUUUCACAAUUUCUUAUUAAAUGACAUUUGAAAAUAGUUUUUUUUCUCUCUCUUAUUCUUAAAUAAUGAGUUACUAAAAUAAUUGAAAUAAAUAUUCAUACUCAGUUAUAAGUCUAUAGUAGAGAUUUAAAUUAUUUAAAAAGAAAUCUGGCCAUUACAGUGGCUUGACACGCUGUUCUUUAUUUCAUAAAUGUAUUUUAUUUUAAUGUCAUGAUUAUGUCUCUUUUGCUAAUAUUUUUAUUACAGUGCGGUGACCCCAGCCCUAGGCUGGGGUACCGCACUAUAUAAGACCACUAAUUAUUAUUAUUAUUAUUUAAUUUGAUUAUUUUACAGGUGAAAUGGCAGGCUUCUAAAAUCAAUUUUGAAGACAGAUUUGACAAGUACCUAGAUCCCAAUUUUUUCCAACACAGGGUAAAUUUAUACUUUUCACACAUUUGACUAUAUGGAAAUUGAAGCACAUUUUCAUAAUUUGAUUUGCCAUUUUUUCAUAAUUGAUAUAACAUAAAUGUGUUAGUGGCUCUUUUGGCUUUUCAUGUAAGAGGAAAUGACCUAAUAGAUUUGCAUACUCUUCUAAGUUUCACUAUGGUGCAGCAACUACCCCUUUAAUGGCUGGUAAAUAGUUCAUUAAAUAAUUUUGGAAAUGUUGGGACUUCACUUUGAAGUCUUAAUGAUUUUCAUUUUGUAAAGAUACAUCAACCAAUAAUCCUAUUCAAAGUUAUCGUUAAAUAUUCCUAAAAAAAAAAAAAUGCUCUUUGGAAACUUAAAAAAAAAAAAUUGUGCAUCUAUGACAGUUGUUAUUUAAAAAGGAUUUUAAAAUUAUUAUUUUUUGUCUUCUUUUUAAAAGGAUUUCUUUAGAUUUUGAAGUAUAUUAAUGUUUAUAAAGAUUAAACAUAAUGUAGUUAAUAGAGGUUGAAUCAAAUUUUUGGAUUUAAAUUUGAUUUUUAUAUAUGAUUUAAAUUUAAGAAAAAUAUUAGAAAAAAUUAUUUAAAUUUGAAUUAAAUCAAAAGGAUUUUCAUACUUUUCCAAAAUUGAAAUUGCUCAUUAUAUUCUAAUACAAAUGAUUAUAAAAUAACAAAUAAUUCACUUUAAAAAACAUAUAAAAACUUACUAUAAAUGAUAGUUGUAGUCUUAAUAUUCUGGUCUCUAGCUAAUCUAUAUAAGGAUAAGAAUUUUAAUUCAGUUUCACACUUUCAAGUUAUCCACGACAUAAUAUUCUCAUUUACCAAUCUCCUUCAAUUCCAUCAAGCCUUCUGAUUAAAUAAAAUAAUUUGAAUAGAAAAACUAAUUUUCCAGCUUUCUCAACCCAUGUUGAUUUCUAAAGACUGAAAAAUUUAAUUGAAUAAAAAGAAAUGUAUUAUUAUAAAAUUGUUUAAUCAUUUAUGUAUGAAGAAAUAAUAUAUUAUGUGACUAAUGAUACAUACAAACAGAAGUUGUCUUGUUAGCAAUAUAUUUGAUAAAUGAACAUAAUUAAAAUCAAUUUUUUUUAUACAUAAUCAUGAUUUUUAUUGGUCGGGUUUGAGUUUGAUUUGAAUUGAUUUGAGUCAUCUCAACCCUGAUCUUCUGUUACUGUGUUUCAAUUCUUAUCACUAAAUCAUCUCAACCCUGAUCUUCUGUUACUGUGUUUCAAUUCUUAUCAGUAAAUCAUCUCAACCCUGAUCUUCUGUUACUGUGUUUCAAUUCUUAUCAGUAAAUCAUCUCAACCCUGAUCUUCUGUUACUGUGUUUCAAUUCUUAUCAGUAAAUCAUCUCAACCCUGAUCUUCUGUUACUGUGUUUCAAUUCUUAUCACUAAAUCAUUUCAACCCUUAUCUACUAUAACAGUGUUUCCAUUCUUAUUAAUGAUCCAAAAUAUACAAUUAAUUUUAAUUGUGUCUAAAGAUUCACUGGUUCAGCAUUUUCAAUUCCUUUAUGAUGGUGAUCUUCCUUGUGGGGCUUGUAAGCAUGAUUCUAAUGCGCACAUUACGUAAGGAUUAUGCCCGCUACAGCAAGGAGGAAGACCUGGAUGACAUGGUAACAAUCAAUUCACCUAGUGGGCAUUGUUUUUAAUUGUUUCAUAUUUCUUGUAAGAAAUUCACAUAAGAUUUUAUUUGGGGAAAUUUGUUAUGAAAAUGAAUUAAAUUUAAAAAAAUUGAAACUUUGUUUUAUAAGUAAAAAAUAUUGAAAGAUCUGCAAAAUCCUUAUUGUUUGUAUGUUAGGUUGCUUUUUCAUGGAUUUUUGUGUUUAGGAAAAGGAUUUGGGUGAUGAGUAUGGUUGGAAACAAGUCCACGGGGAUGUGUUUAGACCUGCAUCGAAUGCUCUUGUCUUCUCUGCUUUGAUUGGAACAGGCUAUCAUAUUGCUGUUGUUACUCUGAGUGUCAUUUUAUUUACUAUAGUUGGUGAGCUUUAUACAGAGUAAGUAUAAAUGUUUUAAAGAAAAUCCCUUCUCCUUUUUCUAAUCUUUGAAGUUUACCCGAACCCUUUCUACACUGUUUUAUAACAGUAACAUUUCUAAUCUAUAAAGUUUACCCUAACCCUUUCUACACUGUUUUAUAACAGUAACAUUUCUAAUCUAUAAAGUUUACCCUAACCCUUUCUACACUGUUUUAUAACAGUAACAUUUCUAAUCUAUAAAGUUUACCCUAAACCUUUCUACUCUGUUUUUAUAACAGUAAAAUGAAAGUAAAAGUUUAGUUGCCUUGGUGUACCAUAAAUGUUUUGUUGAUUAGAUUACCCAUGAAUGAUCUGGAAAAUAAGAAAGAUUAAUCCCUACAUCUGUUACGCAUGCCAACAAAAAAAACCUCAAAAACCCCCAAUUUUUCUAGGUACCUUGGCUUUUAUCCCUGCAUUUAAUUUACAGUUAUCAGCUCUAGUUUUUAAAAUAUGCGGUCAGUUGAAUCAAUGGGAUAGAAUCUAGUUCUCCUAGCAGAUACCACACAGAAGUCUUACACAUGAGCUUUGUUUGUGUUGAAUGACCUAAAUGUUUAUAUUUGCUUAGUCAGUUCAAGAUAAACAUUUUAAACUUAUAAUUGAAAAUAGCCUGUUUAAGUCAUAUUUUGUGAAAUCAAUAUGCUAUACAAUAUCAUCAGUCUUGAUAAUAUUGGGUUUACCGUCUUAUAAAAUAAUUUUUCACUGGGGUGGGGGGGGAGAGUCAUGUGGGUAGAAGCUGUUUCUAUAGCUGCUUAUGCAGAUAUAAUAAAGUGCUGAAAGGAACUUAUCCCUGUGCUUGUGGAAUGCCAGACCUGUUUACUUUUAUGAUUUUGGCACACAAUGUAGGAUUUUGAGAUGUCUUUUACAAUUGUAUGCCAAGACCUGUCAGAACUACAUUUUGAAGAGAUCUGGUUGUGAAUAUAUACAUUCCAGUAGUUUUUCCGAUUAAAAAAAUAUAUUAAGAAGUACAUAUUUAAAUGUUAGUUUUUACAACUUUCUACGUCCAGCAGUGAAUGGACAGAGAAAUAAGAUUGGUUGGGGACCAACUAUAAUUAUAUUACGUUUACCAUCUAUAAUUAUAUUAUGUGUGCCAUGGGGCAGGUGGUGGUGUUGAUUAAGGAUAUUUUGUAUAUGUUUUUUUUUUGUUUCUUGUGGAGGGGGGGGGGGUGUCUAAAUAUUUAAGUCUUUAAAAAUACCACGUUUUUGUAAUGGUGGUAUUUAUUAAGUAUAUUUUGUAUAUGUUUUUUUUUUGUUUUUUGUGGAGGGGGGGGGGUGUCUAAAUAUUUAAGUCUAUAAAAAUACCACGUUUUUGUAAUGGUGGUCAUAUUGUUGCUUUGUGUUUUCAUAAUGAACUCGCUAGACGCACCAACAGUAAUCUUAGCAUAGUCGCUCUAGUGAAAGUUUUAGUAGAUCCUCCGUUUCGUCCCCGCUACAUCCCAACCAGACAACUCCUUGGGCGGUGGGGGGGGAGGCAACGCAACACCUUUUCCCUGGAGAGGAAGUAAAGCCGUUCAGACCCAAGGAGAGUGAGCCACGAAUGCUUUAAACGCAGUGUUUUCAGUCGACCGGAUGUCCCCCAGGCCAGCGGGGAGGUCUACGGUGUCGGCCCUUGUGGGGGUGUGCCGGGGAGGGGGUUAUUAAGAGCUCACGUUUGACGACCCACUGACGCCAUCUUCAAUGAGACGUUUGCUUAGAUUCUGUAUGGAGUAAUUUUGUGACAUAUUUUAAUGUUGAUUUUUGCGCCUUUCUGCGUCCAGCGGGGAAUGGAUAAAGAAAUAAGAUUGGUUGGGUGGCACCCCCCCCCCCCCCCCCCCCCCCCCCAUUCACCCAUUUACAUCUUGUGGUAGUUAUCAGAUUAUAAUAUGUUACAGGGAAAUUGGAUAAAUGGAUAUUGAUUCUUUUUUUUUUUUUAAACCAGCUUUUUCCUAAAAAAAUAAAUCUCCAGUUGCUUGUUAGGUUUUGUAAAUGACAUCUUCAAUUGUUAAGUCUUAGUUCUAUAAAUUCUAUUUUAGGCUGAACUGAAUUUGAGUUUAAAUCACAUUUAAUUUCACCAAUAACUUUAUUUUUACCAUUGAAUAUUAGCUGUGUGAUAAUUUUUAAAGUAUUUCUUAAAGCAUUUAGGUAUUUUCACUUUUUAUUUACUAGGCGAGGAUCUCUGCUAAGUACCGCAAUAUUUGUAUAUGCUGCCACAUCACCUGUCAAUGGUUACUUUGGGGGAAGCUUGUAUGCAAGAAUGGGAGGUAUGUUUCAAUGAAGUCAAUCUAUGUUAUCCUGAUUAUUGUAGGUUCAUUUUUAAUUCUAGCUGUGUUGUGAGAUAUAUAUUAUAUUGUUAUGGCAGUACAAAAAUUAUAGAAAAUUGGAUAAAGUGGCGAAAAAAUGUAUUAUAUUCAUAUAGAUACAUAUAAAUAUUAGUUAAUUAUUUUUUCAACAACUCUACAACCAAAUGAAGUAUAUGGCCAUUUGCUAAGAUAGAAUGGCUUAAAGCAAAGGUUGUUAUAAUAAUGUGACUGGAUUAAAUGCUUUAAAUUUAAUCCAAUUAUUUUAUAUUAAAUGUGUUAAAUGUUCAUCCCCUGUUACUUUUUAAUCUUUGCAAGGUAAAUUAUGGAUCAAGCAAAUGAUUGUUAGCGCCUUCAUGAUGCCAGCAGCAAUAUGUGGAACAGCAUUCUUUAUAAAUUUCAUAGCAAUCUACUACCAUGCUUCACGGGCGAUCCCAUUCACCACAAUGGUA